CCGACUCGCUUUCCUUGGGUGGAGGGAGAGAGGAAUGAUACCCAUUUUGGUACAUCGGUAGCAAUUAGUUACUGGGAGAAGGUGGCGGGAGGGGUUAUGUGUACGCGGGUGCGCCUCACGGGCGAGAAGCAAAGAGGAAGCAGAAGAGGAGGAGGGGGGAGCGCGUACGUGCAUGGUAAAAGGGACAAUAAUCGGGGGAUUACGAAUAAUGUUUUAAGCGUUCCCUCGUUCUCCCAUUGGGGGGUUACCGUUCCUUUGCUGACAGCCAUCGGAAACGGAAUAGAGAAAGAACAGAGCCGGCCUGUGAAAUGGGAUGCGAUCGCAGCAUCCUUGCCCCGGCGCAGUAAGAAGGAAUGUCGGAAGCGGUGGCAUCACACAAUGAUGGAGGCGGUGCGGAAAUGUGAAUGGAAAUCGGAGGAGGACGAGAGGCUAUCGGGUGCUGUCCAAAAGUACGGAAAGAAGUAAGUCCACGAGAAGCCUUCCUCUUUCCACAUCUAUCCAUUUCCUCUCCACCCUUUCGGCCCUUUUUCUUCUUCCCCCUUUGCGGCGGGAUGGAUGGCUCUGCGGUUGCAUUUUGCGGGGAUGGUGGUGGUGGUGUGGUAGAUUUUCCCCGUUGCUUUGCCAAAUGUUCUAUGGCGGUUCCGAGGAACCAAAGGCAGGAGCGUGGCCAGGCGAGAGAAGCAGAGAAGCAGCAGCAGAAGCAGCAGAAGCAUGCCUUUGGUGGCAGGGGGGAGAAUCGAGGUGCAGAAGCGGAUUGGAUGGCCCCCGGUCAUUCCUUGUGCUUUCUUGCUUCUCGCUUUAAUCGUUUUCACUCGCUUCAGCCCUUUCCCUCUACCCUCGUUAUUCUUAACAAUUUAUCGCGAUCCAUCAUCCCCCUAUUAUUUAUCUGGAUUCAUGCCUUCUUCCGGAGGUCGAUUCGUUUUCGCGGGACAUGGGCGAGAGGUGGAUUGCUAACCUUCUCUGUAACUGCACAGUUGGAGCUCGGUUGCCCAGGUCGUCAUGACCAGGAAUGACAACGGUAUGUUUUUUUUGUGCCCCUCAUGCUCUUGUGGGGUCCGGCCGACUCAGUGCACUGACUCCGCAAUCAACAGAAUGCAUGAGGCGGUGGAACGAACUACAAAACCGAAACACGAAUCUAAACUCCACGGGCAGUAACAUGUGGAUUGAAGAGGUGUGUACUCUUUUUUAAAAUAAAUAAAUCCCUGGCCAUACUUCUGCCCCUUCCCCCCCACUAUUUAUCUGCACACCAUACCUCCCCCCCCCCUCUCUAUUUUGGCCCCCAGAACUUCUGCAUUCGCACAUACACUCCCCCCCCCCCUACUCGACAAAUCUCAUCAUACCUAUCUCCUACCUUCCUUCGGCUAUCCAGAGGAAGAAUAAGAAGAACUAUCAUCCCCCUCAAAGAACAAACCUCAAUCAAUCGUUCGCCCAUACACGAUACCAUCACCACCACCGCUACCACUGCUCCCAAUCAUAACCUGAAUAUCCUUCAUUCAUCCCUACUGACAUUUGUCCGAGAUGUAUCAGUUCAACCAAUCACAUCCAACUCACCGGGCAUCAGUCUCUUCUAUCGCUUCUUCGGGAGACUUCCACCACGAUUCGUCAUCAUACUCUACCCCCUAUGGCUCGCUGCCGGACCCUAUGGUAGAUGAAUUCCUCCAUGAGGUUGGCAAUAUUAGCCCCCAUGAUACUCACUACGAUGGCCUGGAUAUCGAUCCUUCCCGCCUACACUCUGCUCCUCCAUCGGCUACGAUCGAUCCCCGACAGGCUACUCAUAUGGACCACACGCUUGAUGCCUUCAUUGACUUCGAGGCUGAUCGCACUGGCCGCACUUUCGAGGUUCGGCAACACACUCCCCCUAAUGGUCAGCAGUUUGACCCCAACGACUGGAGCUGGUUUGAUACCAUCGUGCCUCAGAACGGAACUCACCACCACCAUCAACACCACGAACAGCAUCACCAUUCUCAGCAUCACCACAAUGGUCACCCCCACGGAUUUCUCACCGACACCCACCCCAGUGAGCUUUCUUCCGAUAGCCCGGUUGGCUUGGAUAGUGGGUCAUCAUCAUACUCGAGGUAAACCAAUCAUUCCGCAAAUCAUCCGAAACACUUUCAUCUAAUUGGCUCCAGCAGCAGCAGAAGCGGAUCAUUGGCCCCACCACCCAUGCAACGGGUUCCAAAUUUGGACAAUAUGGACUUUUACAGCCUCCAGACCUCGCAGCUCCUCUCACAAAAGACAGCACCUGAAUCGCCGGGUGCGAGGGUUGUCAUUGUCUGCAAGAGCAACGAUUCGCGAACAUUGAGCUCGCUCGACACAAUCAUGAAGACAUUGAAGGCCAACGGUCAUUCGGUGAUUCAAGAAUCGCAGCCGGUCAAUGGUGUUCCGAACGGGAAUGACUAUCUGUGUGGCUCCCUUGCUCUCGAUGGUUAGUCGGCUCUCCCACAAUGCUACGCCAGGGGUGUGUCAGGGCUGAAAGCUGACGACAUGUGCUUUAGAUGUGCUACAAGAUCUUUGUUAAACACGAGCACACACCCUUCCACAAGAGAGACCAAAAUCGCCUUCAUCUCCCGACCCCCAGAAAAAGGAAAGAAAGAAAGAAAAAAAAGGAGUAAUGACCCUCGGGGUCUCCCUAGGGAUAUCAAAAGAUAAAUAAAUUAAAAUUUUUGCCUUGCCAACCAGCGAGGGCCAAUUCCCUCACGCUUUCUCUCACUACACUGUCGGGGUUCCCCCCCCCCGUUUUUGUUUUCUUUAUUUGCCGAUUUUUUUAGGAGUUUUAAGUGUUGAUGGGUUGCUUAUCUGGCUCAUAACGGGUUUUUUUUUUGACAUUUUAUCGAGUUUCCUUGUUCUUUUUUUUCAUUUUUUUCAUAUCCUUUUCUACUCAAACGGGGCAUACGUACAUUUUCUUGUUUCGUUCCACAUUGCUGAUUUCAGUUCCUUCCGAAGCCUCACCUCCGGUUGUAUAUACGGCACGGGUCUGAUCGUGGUCAUGGGUAAAAUUUUGGAGGGUUCUAUUUUUCUUCCGUCUUGUGGUUUGGCUAUGUAAAUAUUGCAUUGCAUUGGGGGUGACAAAAUCUUUGCUUGGCGGGGGCAUUUUAUCUUCCCCUUUUUUUCCUCAUUUAUUCCCCAUCUCCUGUUCUCCUUAGGCUAUCUUUUUCCCCUGCUUGUCUUACCUUAGUCCUGAUUUUUUAAGGGGAGGGGAAGCAAUAGAGGCGUCGUUGAGAAGGUUUUUUUUGUCUGGCUAAAUUUUUCCUUCUUUAUCCUUACAUUUCGCAAGGGGGACGGAUGGGCUGUUUGGGAGAAAACGGAAGGAGCGGAACGAGUUUAGCUUUUCAUGAUUAUGCCUGUUUUUGCAAUCGAGUGGUUGAAUUUGAAGAUCCACUACUA